AUGAGUGCGUGGACGGAGGAAGUGUUGUCCUGGCGCGACGAGAGGCUCGGUAUCACCGAGUUGCCGAGCACGACGAGGCGGAAGAACCGCACCGCGCCUUACAGGCUCCACCGACCUCAUCUAUCGACAGCUCACGUGCCCGAGCCGGCCCCGGAGCCGCAGGGCACACACAUCUCUCGUCUGUACCCCGAGCUAUUAGCGCUGAUAUUCGAGAGGCUGCCGGUGCGUGACAGAGGACGGGCGGCGCAAGUUUGCCGAGCGUGGCGGGAUGCAGCCGACCGUAGGUCUGUGUGGCGCGGUGUCGAGGCCGCAUUACACCUUCGAAGACCAGCGCCGGUCCUAUUCGCUUCGCUGGCUAGGCGGGGAGUCCGAAGACUGCAGGUUUUGUCUUUGAGACGCGGUCUCAGAGACGCAGUGGCCGCGCUACCUGGAUUAGAAUCUCUUUCACUCAGCGGCUGUUACAGUGUGACCGAUGCCGCUCUUGCGAGUGCAUUCGCGACCGAACUCCCAGCCCUGCGGCGGCUGGACCUCUCACUAUGUAAACAGGUCACGGACUCGUCGCUCGGGCGAAUAGCGCAGUCGCUCAAGAACCUAGAAGAAUUAGAACUAGGCGGAUGUUGUAACGUGACAGACACGGGACUGUUGUUGAUAGCGUGGGGACUUAGGAAACUUCGCCGUUUAAACUUGAGAUCGUGUUGGCACGUGAACGACGACGGGAUCGCACACCUUAGCGGCGGUGGAGAAGCGAGAGGGACCCCGGAGCUAGAGCACCUGGGUCUCCAAGACUGCCAGAGACUAACGGACGAAGCUCUGAAACACGCCGCGACCGGUCUUCCUAAGUUAAAAUCUAUCAACCUGUCUUUCUGCGUCGCCGUUACCGACGCCGGACUGAGGCAUCUCGCCAGGCUUCCACAUUUAGAAGAUGUCAAUUUACGAGCGUGCGACGGGGUCUCGGACGCCGGCGUCGCCCACCUGGCGGAGAGCGGGCGGCUGAGGGCGCUAGAUGUAUCAUUCUGUGAUAAAGUCGGAGACGAGGCGUUGUCGCACGCGACGCUGGGCUUGUCGGGGCUCCGGUCACUGUCGCUGAGCGCUUGUCGCCUGACGGACGAAGGCCUAGAGCGAGUGGCGAGGCUUGCACAGCUGGAGACGCUCAACAUAGGCCAGUGCACGCGGGUCACGGACAGGGGUCUCCGUGCGCUGGGCGAGGGCCUACGGAAUCUGAAGGCGAUAGACCUAUAUGGCUGCACGUGUAUCACCCCUCAAGGCUUAGACCAUAUUGUGAAGUUGCCGCGUCUCAGUGUACUUAACCUCGGUCUGUGGCAUGUGCGGUGACCACACACACACUAGUGUGUCCUGUGUCACGUUUGCGUGUGUGAGUGCGACGGCCAUGUUGAGCGAGGAGCCGCCAAGGUUGUAUAUUGGACUGCGAAUAAGGAAUUAACCAAUUAUAAGAUAUUAUUAAUGAAUUAUAGUUAGGAAACGGGGUCGCUUUCUUGUUUAUGUUUACGUUUUAAAUGGUUGAAUUGUCGUUGGAAGUCUGUUGUAUACUGUGAUUUUAAAAUGUCCGUUUACCUUUACCUUAGUUGAGUUUGUGAAGGAAAGUCGCCCCGACGCCUAGUCCGUGAAAAGCUAGAUCUUUUUGUCGUUAGUUUUAUGUAUUCGCUUGUUCCGCUGUGUAUAGAUAUAAAACGUGUAAUCUUAUCGGCGAUUACGAAAAGGUCUGGUUUUUCAAUAUAAUUGCUCUAUUAGUUAGAUACCUAGCCAUUCUAAUUAUUGUUUUUAAUUCGACCUUGUGUUCUUUGGGAAACUUGUUUAUUAAUGAUUCCUGAACUGUUGCUGCUAAUUUUGGGGAUAAUUUAAUUAUAAAUACAAUUCUCUUAUAUAUACUUCUUUAAUUCAUGUCUAACUUUAGUUAUACUGUAUCACUAAAUAAUUAAUUUAAUGAAAUACAUUCAGCUAAACAUUC